UUGCUUCGCUUUCGCUUCGUGCCCCACGAGCUCACGCGGCUUGACGCGCCUUCGGAAGCAUCGUCAACCACCUGCUCCCUUCUCCUCUUCCGUGUCGUCGUCUUCCUCCUCCGUCCUUCUAUAAAUCUCGCACCAUACCUGCACUCUCUCUCCAUCCUAUCGUCUCUCUCUCUCUCGCUUUCUCUCUCUACCACCUGUAUCAUCUCUCUCUCUCUCUCGCUCUCCAAAGCACAGACUUGUUCGUGAGCUAGAUCUCAGUCAACGUUCCCCGAUCGAAGAUGAGCCAGUACAACAACCAGAACCAAAUCCCAGGUAAUGAUCGAAACCCGUCCUCGAUCUCCGUCAACGUCUCCCGAUCGAAGAUGAGCCAGUACAACAAGCAGAACCAAAUCCCAGGUAAUGAUCGAAACCCAUCCCCGAUCUCCGUCAACGUUUCCCGAUCGAAGAUGAGCCAGUACAACAACCAGAACCAAAUCCCAGUGGCCUACCCACCACCGGCGUCGGCAACGGCGUACGUGGCGCCUCCGCCGGUCAGCUAUCCGAUGAGGGACGGCCAACAACCAGCGCAGAACGCCGUCCCUAUCGAGACCAAGACUAGGGGCGAUGGCUUCUGGAAGGGCUGCUGUGCCGCGCUGUGCUGUUGCUGCGUCCUGGAUGCUUGCUUCUAGGAAUACCACCGGAGAGGAUUCACAUUUUGCUCUUUGUUGUUUAGCAUUCUCUUUAUCGCUGUUGACAUAUAUUGUGACAUGUUAUUGUCUCUUGAUAUCUACUAGUUUUCUCGAAUUUUUUCUUGAAUCUUUCGUGUUGCCAAUUC